GUGUCUGUGUCUUAGCUUGAGACACUCCUAAAAUUCUUCCCUGUGCCAGCAUAUCGGAAUCUUACCCUUCAAUGCUUAACUGAGGUUGCAGCCCUUAAUUUUGGGGACUUCUACAAUGUGCAGUAUGUUAAGAUGUAUAGUAUCUUCAUGGUGCAGUUACAGGUUAUUCUCCCCUCUACUACAAACAUCCCUGAGGCUUAUGCACAUGGAAGUAGUGAGGAACAAGCAUUUAUUCAGAACUUGGCACUGUUUUUCACUUCAUUUUACAAGUUUCAUAUUCGAGUGCUAGAAGCUACUCAAGAGAAUAUAACUGCUUUGCUAAUGGGUCUUGAAUAUCUUACUAACAUCUCGUAUGUGGAUGACACUGAGGUUUUUAAGGUUUGCUUGGAUUACUGGAAUUCCUUGGUUUUGGAACUGUUUGAAUCACACCAUAACAUUGAUAAUCCUGCAGUAGCAGCUGCAAAUAUGAUGGGACUGCAGAUGCCGAUGCUUCCUGGUAUGGUUGAUGGCAUUGGUUCACAAAUUCUUCAGAGGCGGCAGCUUUUUGCCAUUCCAAUGUCAAAGUUAAGAAUGCUUAUGAUUUGUCGAAUGGCUAAGCCUGAAGAGGUUCUCAUAGUUGAAGAUGAAAAUGGGAAUAUUGUUCGUGAGACCAUGAAGGACAAUGAUGUUCUUGUUCAAUACAAGAUAAUGAGGGAGACUCUUAUCUAUUUGUCUCAUCUUGAUCAUGAGGACACUGAAAAGCAGAUGUUGAAGAAACUAAGUAAGCAAUUGAGUGGCGAGGAUUGGACUUGGAACAACUUGAACACAUUAUGCUGGGCAAUAGGAUCUAUAUCUGGCUCCAUGAUGGAGGAACAGGAAAACAGAUUCUUGGUGAUGGUCAUUCGUGAUUUAUUGAAUUUAUGUGAAAUCACAAAAGGGAAAGAUAAUAAAGCUGUUAUUGCUAGUAACAUUAUGUAUGUUGUUGGGCAGUACCCAAGGUUUUUAAGAGCCCAUUGGAAAUUCUUGAAAACUGUUGUGAAUAAGUUGUUUGAGUUCAUGCAUGAGACUCAUCCAGGAGUUCAGGAUAUGGCCUGUGACACAUUCUUGAAAAUUGUUCAGAAGUGCAAGCGGAAGUUUGUAAUUGUACAGGUUGGAGAGAAUGAACCAUUUGUCUCUGAACUUCUAACAGGCCUUCCGACAACCAUAGCUGAUCUUGAGCCACACCAGAUUCAUACGUUCUAUGAAUCUGUUGGUCACAUGAUACAAGCGGAAUCUGAUCCCCAGAAGCGGGAUGAAUACCUUCAGAGGUUGAUGGAGCUCCCAAAUCAGAAAUGGGUUGAGAUCAUAGGGAAGGCGCGUCAAAGUGUUGAUUUCCUGAAGGAUCAAGACGUAAUCCGGACUGUGCUUAAUAUAUUGCAGACAAAUACUAGCGUUGCCAAUUCACUUGGAACAUAUUUUUUAUCUCAAAUUUCUCUGAUCUUUUUGGACAUGCUUAACGUUUACAGAAUGUACAGUGAGCUUAUAUCAAGUAGCAUUGCAGAAGGAGGGCCCUUUGCAUCUAAAACAUCCUAUGUGAAACUUUUACGGUCGGUUAAAAGAGAGACUCUUAAGCUCAUUGAGACAUUCUUGGACAAGGCAGAAGAUCAACCACAAAUUGGAAAACAAUUUGUGCCCCCAAUGAUGGAUCCCGUUCUUGGUGACUAUGCUAGGAACUUGCCUGAUGCUAGGGAAUCAGAAGUUCUCUCACUUUUUGCCACAAUAAUAAAUAAGUAUAAAGCUGCAAUGAUUGAUGAUGUGCCUCGCAUAUUUGAAGCAGUUUUCCAAUGCACAUUGGAGAUGAUCACAAAAAAUUUUGAAGAUUACCCAGAGCAUCGGCUCAAGUUUUUUUCAUUACUUCGUGCAAUUGCUACACAUUGUUUUCCUGCAUUGAUUCGUUUAUCAAGUCAGCAACUGAAGCUUGUCAUGGAUUCCAUUAUAUGGGCAUUUCGGCACACAGAAAGGAAUAUUGCUGAAACUGGGCUGAAUCUUUUAUUGGAGAUGCUAAAGAACUUUCAGAAUUCCGAGUUUUGUAAUCAAUUCUACCAGUCAUACUUUUUGCAAAUUGAGCAAGAAAUAUUUGCUGUAUUGACGGACACCUUUCAUAAACCUGGUUUCAAGUUGCAUGUCUUGGUGCUACAACACUUGUUUUGCCUGGUGGAGUCUGGUGGGUUGACGGAGCCGUUGUGGGAUGUUGCCACAGUUCCUUAUCCAUAUCCAAACAACACGAUGUUUGUUCGUGAGUACACAAUAAAACUUCUGAGCACUUCAUUCCCCAACAUGACUGCAGCAGAGGUCACGCAAUUUGUGAAUGGACUGUUUGAGUCAAGAAAUGAGCUCUCUGCAUUUAAAAAUCAUAUAAGAGACUUUCUUGUGCAGUCAAAAGAGUUUUCAGCUCAGGACAACAAAGACCUUUAUGCAGAGGAGGCUGCUGCUCAGAGAGAAAGAGAGCGACAGCGGAUGCUUUCCAUUCCAGGGCUUAUUGCACCCAAUGAGAUACAAGAUGAGAUGUUGGACUCAUAAAUGGCUGACGCUGAUGUGAAUCUAAUGUCAUGGACUUCUAUAACUCAAGAGUUGCAAGUGGGCACCUUGAUUCAUUUUUACCAGAUUCUGUGGAUAAGAGCAGAAAAGAGCAAUUUUCCCUAUGUGUCCCUCCUGUUCCCCAGAGUUUUCUUGUUGAACCUUGUAUAAAUCAGUAAGGUACCUGGGUGCAAUGGUUGGGCUGCCGGCGAUACCGCCUAUUGGUGGCUGUGUGUAGGUUAUUUAGUUACUAAUGGUAGGGGGAUAAAAAGAGUCAUUAUACGGGUUUUGCUGGAUCCAGCUUAAUAUUUGUAUUGGCAGGAUGAGAUGCAGACAGUUUAAAUGGCUCCUUUGCAAGUAUUGAUGAUUCAUCUUUAGGUGUAACGUAUACUAACCCUGGGGGGUUGUGUAGAAAUUCAAUCGGUUUUUAUUGAUAGAAUGUGAUAUGUUUUGGUGUUUGGUUUAAGGGCUUCUUUCUCCCUACUAUUUAAAAGUUUUUAGUGAACUCCCAAGUACUGAUUGCACUUGAUGUAUGGCAUUCUAUUGCUUCUGAUUUUAUCA